AGCUCUGACGCAGCCGAAGUUACAAAAACAUUUCCAACUCCCCCGUGUCCCCACCGCUCCUGAGGGAACAACACCAGGACAGGACACGGAGAGGAGUCAGAGGGGACCUCCUGGUGAUCCAGAGGCUUUCUUCUUCAUGUAACUGUCCUGGGAGGAUCUGCUCUAGGAUAUGGAUCCAAAAGGAGCAUGAGAUGCCAAGAAGCGCCGCUGAUCUGGACAGACAACCCUCGCCUGCUGCUUCCCACAGCGAACACCAGGGACCAGGUCCCACCACCUACCCGGUGUCCAUCCAUGGAGAUGAGCCAGACAUCCCCACCUCCCACCUCACCCGCUGAAGGCGAUGAUCCAUGUGAGAUAGACGUCACCGACAUGGCCAUAGAUGGUGUCACCCUGCUUAUUGGCCUCUGUGGGCUGGUGGGGAAUGGGGCUGUCCUCUGGCUCCUCGGCUUCCACAUCCGCAGGAACCCCAUCACCGUCUACAUCCUCAACCUGGCCGUAGCUGAUUUCACCUUCCUCCUCUUCGUCAUCACCUCAUCCCUCCUCUACAUGGUGGACAAUGCCUCCUGCUCCACUGUCGUGUCCCUGAGGUACCUGAGGUCGUUCCUCCUGCUGUCACUGUUCUCCCACAACAUGGGGCUGUACCUGCUGACAGCCAUCAGCAUCGAGAGGUGUGGGUCCAUCCUCUGCCCGCUCUGGUACCGCUGCCACCGCCCCCAGCACCUGUCAGGGGUGAUGUGCACCCUGCUCUGGGUCCUCUCUGUCGCUGUCAUUGCCACGGUGACUUCCCUAUGCCUGACACACAAGGAUGAGCUUUGCCAGAUGUCUCUCAUCUCCAUGUAUAUCCUCAACCUCCUCAUCUUUGCUCCGCCCAUGGUCAUUUCCAGCACAGUCCUCUUCAUUAAGGUCAAAUGUGGCUCCCAGCAGCAGCAACCCAGGAGGCUUCACAUCAUUAUCUUCCUCACUGUCCUCUUCUUCCUCAUCUUCGCUCUUCCCCUCAGCCUCUCGAAUUUCCUGCAGCAGCUCAGCUACACUGUCGUGUCCUCCCAGGUUGUUUUCCUGCUCGCCUGUAUCCACAGCAGCAUCAAACCCCUCACUUACUUCUUGAUGGGGAGCUGCUGGAGGCGCUGCUCCCUGGUGUCCCUCCGGGUCUCCUUCCAGAGGGUCUUUGAGGAGACAGAAGAGAACACUGCCUGCAGCAAUGGUGCCGUCAUGGACACGGUGGUCCCAGCCUGUUGAAGGACCCUGGGAUGGUGGCUGAGGGUUUCCCUGAGUCACCAGAUUAAUAAAUAUCCACAUAUUUCCCCCAGUGUCACCCUCCCGCAGUGUAAUCCCUCCGGAAAUGGGAGCAGGCACAUUGCCAAGGGCAGUGUGGGAGGGAUGCUCUGCAGGGAGCAUGUUGGAGCACGGCUUUCUCCUCCCUCCCAGGUCCUAGAAUGCUAUUCCUCCAAAGGAAUCAUACCCCACAGGGCUGUGAUCCCAAAAAUCCCCCCGGUACGUGAUUCCUGCGUCCCACUGUGGUCUGAAAUCAAUAAACAGCUUCGUGAACCCUGA